CCCCUCACCGCCGGGUUUGGUGGAGUGGGCACCCCCGCGUGCCGACCCCUCGCUGUCGCCAGGCUGCUCCAAGGAGCUGGCCGGGCAGGUGUCCACGUGCGUUUUGCACUCGAGGGUCGCGUCUCAGCCUCGCGGUGUCCCGGACUGACGGGUCAGGGCGUGGCCGCGCGGUAUCGAGCCCCGCCCACCGCGCCCGGGGGCGUGGCCAGCGCGUCACGUGACGGCGGCGGAGAGCGCAAGCGCCCCGCCCAGCGGCAGGAGGCCCGGGCCGCGACCCGGCCCGCGCGCGCUGCUGGAGCCGCCCGGCCGCCAGCGCGCUCUGCACCCGCGGCGCCCCUCGCCCGAGGCCCCUUGCCCGCCGGCCCCGGGCUCGCCGGCAGCGGGAGCGGCCUCAAGAUGGACGAAGACGGCGGUGGCGAGGGCGGCGGCGUGCCUGAAGACCUCUCCUUAGAAGAGAGGGAAGAACUUCUAGACAUCCGCCGAAGGAAAAAGGAACUUAUCGAUGACAUCGAGAGACUGAAGUAUGAGAUUGCCGAAGUGAUGACUGAGAUCGACAACCUGACUUCUGUGGAGGAGAGCAAAACCUCGCAGAGGAACAAGCACAUAGCCAUGGGGAGGAAGAAGUUCAACAUGGACCCCAAAAAGGGAAUCCAGUUCCUCAUCGAGAACGACCUGCUGCAGAGCUCCCCGGAGGACGUGGCCCAGUUCCUGUACAAAGGGGAGGGCCUCAACAAGACCGUCAUCGGGGACUACCUGGGCGAGCGGGACGAAUUUAACAUUAAGGUUCUUCAGGCUUUUGUCGAACUGCACGAGUUUGCUGAUCUCAACCUGGUCCAGGCCUUAAGGCAGUUCCUGUGGAGCUUCAGGCUUCCAGGCGAGGCCCAGAAGAUCGACCGCAUGAUGGAGGCGUUCGCUUCCCGCUACUGCCUGUGCAACCCUGGGGUCUUCCAGUCCACAGACACGUGCUACGUGCUGUCCUUCGCCAUCAUCAUGCUUAACACCAGCCUGCACAACCACAACGUGCGGGACAAGCCCACCGCCGAGCGCUUCGUCACCAUGAACCGGGGCAUCAACGAGGGCAGGGACCUACCGGAGGAGCUGCUGAGGAACUUGUACGAGAGCAUCAAGAAUGAGCCUUUCAAGAUCCCGGAGGACGACGGCAACGACCUGACACACACGUUCUUCAACCCCGACCGCGAGGGCUGGCUCCUGAAGCUGGGUGGGCGUGUGAAGACCUGGAAGCGGCGGUGGUUCAUCCUGACCGACAACUGCCUCUACUACUUCGAGUACACCACGGACAAGGAGCCCCGGGGGAUCAUCCCGCUGGAGAACCUCAGCAUCAGGGAGGUGGAGGACCCUCGGAAGCCUAACUGUUUCGAGCUCUAUAACCCGAGUCACAAAGGGCAGGUCAUCAAAGCCUGCAAGACGGAGGCGGACGGCCGAGUGGUGGAGGGCAACCACGUGGUGUACCGCAUCUCAGCGCCCAGCCCCGAGGAGAAGGAGGAGUGGAUGAAGUCCAUCAGAGCAAGCAUCAGUAGGGACCCCUUCUAUGACAUGCUGGCCACACGGAAAAGGAGGAUCGCCAAUAAAAAGUAGCUUCCCCGCCUGAACAGGUAAAAAGUAACCGCCACACCCCACCACAAAGUGACGGCAAGGCCUCCCCGGACCCCACGUGGCUUUUUCCAGAAGGUGUCCCAGGAGGCGGGGCUUCUGCUCUCGCCCUGGCAGCCUCGAGGGCCCCCUGGUUCUCCGAAGCCUUUGUGCACAGUCUGUGGCUCCCCCCGCCGAGCCUCCCCGCUCGGUGGCCUGGAGGAUCGGCCGUGACAGAGGGUACGGCGGACUCGGGCCACGGGCCGGGCCACAGACCCGGCCACGCCAUUGCCACACGUGCUCAUUGGGGAUCUUCAUUGUUCUGGGGGCCGCUGUUCCACAUGGGAACCGCAAAGGAAAAGCUACCACUUCUGUUCAGAGUUUUCCUCAGAUGUAUAGGAUUAUAGCUUUUAUAUGCCUUUUUCUAUUUUGAAAUUAUAAUGAGAGAUACUUUCUAAUAGUAUUUUUAGAAUGGCAGCUAUAAAUGUAACUCCUGACACAAGUAUUUACCGUGCACUGAAAACACAUUAUGUAGACACCAUAUAUGCCGCCGCCAGGGGGUGGGCGCCGGGGCGGGCGCUCACCUGGGUGGGGCUCGGGCCCCGCAGGGCACGCUCCAAGUGCUGCUGCUCUGGGGGGGCCUCGUCCCUCCCGGGGCCGCCUCCACUCAGACUGGGUGGCCCCACAGAUUCUGGAUAGAAAGGCCAAUCACUGGCAUUCACGGUUUGGGGUGUCCCGUGAGUGCUGCACCCCAGCAGACGUCUGUGUGGACCCGUGUGAGGCCACCACCUGACCGUUCCGACGCCCACAAGCACGUGCUCAGCGGGACGCGGGGCUCCGGCCACGGGCCCUUGUUUUCACUGUUCAGAACCUGGGGGCAAAACGGACGCUCCCGUCACCGGUCUGCUAACUGACCAGAUCUGUCAGUGUGACGAGUGCGCAUGUAAGUAGACAGCAUCUUACCCCAUUCUUUCCGAGACCCACUCUCCCACCGUGCACAGGGAGAGCCUCGCUGCGGGGGUGACGUGUGGCCCCCGGGGUCUUCUGUAACUACUAGUGCAGGCCCCCAGCGCGCGCCAGUGGUGCGGUGGGCUGGUGCGGGCCCACGGCCAGAGGCUCAGGCUGCCGUCCGCAGGACGUCUGCGGGUCCCCUCACGUCCCCAGCUGGACUGAGACACACAGGUGGACAGGGCUGGCGGCCCUGGGCCCUUCAGGACAGGCUCGUGACACACAACUUUUUUGUUGGGUGCUGUGUGUCCGCCGUGGGGGCUCUUCUGGCCGUGGGCCCCUCACCCCACAGAAGCCUCUCGCCGCCCCGUCUGCACACGCACACCCGGAACUGACACCUCUGAGUUACGUCCAAGUCCAAGGAGGAACCCUUCGGACCAACCUCUGCACUUGUGUGGAGGCUCCAGCAGCAGGAGUCGCUGCCCCACGAGCGGCCUUGCUAGGACUGGACGGCCGAGGGCCCUGGGCCUCAGUGCAGCUGGGCUGGACGUGGCUUUAAGUCACACUCGUCUGCGGAGGGUCUGAGCCCUUGACUCUCCAGCUUGCGUCAAACUGGCUUUGACAGCUUAUUCCCAGGCUCCCGGGUUUUGCUAUUGUACCGAUACCGCAGAUUCGGAAGUUUAGUUUGUGAGAAGACAUGUCAUCCCGGAGAUGCCCGACUGGCACACGCAGGGCUCUGGGCUCGUCUGCCGUGAAGACUGGGGCUGCCUGGACCACCUGCCAAGCCCUGUCCAGCAGCGCAGCCCCCAGGCCGGCCCGCAAGCGGAGAGAUCAGUAUCACACCAGGAUAUUCUGUCCUUUGACCCAGGGAGGCCCCUGAGGCUACAGGGCUUUUCUGUGUCCUGGGUUUGGCCUCGGAGUGGGGCUGGGAGGAGUGAACUCAGAAGCACUCAACGAGAGUGCUCCCCUGAUUGCUCGUGACGUGACGAGACUCGCUCGAGGGCCCUUUCCCAGGAGCGAGGCAGAGAGUCGUGGUGCUUAGAACCUACACACCUUGCCGUCCGAGUGUUACAGGAAAUCACUGAGCCCCAGGUCUCACGGUAACAGUAUUAACCUCGAAGUCAGGCGGCCACUGCCCCACCCAGCCCUCAGGCAGGCCUGGUGCCUGUGCCGAAUUAUCAUCCUGAUUCUGGCCAAAGACACGCUGUCCUCCCGAGAGAGGGCAGGAAGUGGUGAGGGCGCUGGGUGGACGCAGCGGCUUCCACAGCCCGCCCGCCUUGGUCAGCAGGUGAGGCUCAGCUGGACGGCCCUGGACCCAGACAGGAGUCUUCAAGGUCACGGAACGUUUUUGAGCAGUUUAACGUGGUACCAAGCUAUGUACAGACACAGCAGCAUUCAAUGCUUCCUGUGAAGCAAUGCGUAUUUUCAAAGUGAAGAUGCCUAUGUCUACACAGAUGUGCUCUGCUGAAAGGUUAGGUCUGUUGUAGACCAGAAGCCACAAGUGAUCUCGUUUUCUUAUUUUUUCUUAGAGACAUUUCUAUUUACAGUAAAUACAGUUAAUGUGUAAAUAAUGUACAUAUAUAUUGAUUUCUGGAGUGUUUAUUCAGUGUAUAUACUUCCACAACUUGCAUGAAAAAAUACCCUAUAUCGCUAUUUUGUUGUAAACAGUAAAAUUGGAGGGUGUGUGGCUGUCCGACUGCAAAUACUGUGCUGACUGAAUAAACCAAACGCACUGCUCCCA